UCCGCCGAACACCAACGAAGAAGAAUCCGCCGGAAGUGUUUGCGUUACCGCGAAACCAUGGACAGUGUACGGCGGCGGUCUAAAGUGUGGCUUCACUUCACCAAAAACAACUUUAAGUCGGCUCAGUGUAACACCUGCAAAAUUAUUAUAUCGUGCACAGGAGGGUGCACGACAAACAUGAUCAAACACCUCCGGGUUCAUGGUGUACAAAUAACAGAGUGCCCAGUCUCUGACGCGCUGCGCUGGCCCUCCUCUGCGGCCUCUUCCUCUGGCCCCGAUCCUCAACCUAGCACCACACUCCAGUCCAUAUCCGACAAGCGAGCUGAGAAUGCUAACGUUAGCCAGACAGUUGACGUGACCCCACGAUGCGCUACGCCCACUCCGUUCACCAUAGCGACCAAGGGAAAGAUGUCGGUGCAGCAAGUAGAAGAGUGCCACAGAAAGGUUACAGCUUAUAUUGUGAAGAAACUGCAUCCCUUUUCAGAUGUGGAAUCACCAACAUUUAGGGACAUGGUGAAAACCCUAAACCCCAAAUACACACCACCUUCUCGGGACUACUUGUCAAAUAAAUUAAUUCCAUCUUGGUAUAAGGUCGAGAAGUCCAACGUGAUUGCAGAGCUCAGUGACGUCUGCUCUAUUGCAGUCACAUCACACAGGACCAUUACCUCACCAUCACAGCACACUAUAUAGUGGAGGGCAAGAUGCAGCAAAAAGUACUAAAAACAAAAGCUGUGUACAAAGCACAGACUGGUUGUGCUGUGGCAGAGGAAAUUAGUGAUGUUCUGUCAGAGUUUGGCAUUUCUGAUAAAAUUGUAGCAAUCACUGUAGAUAAUGCUGCCAAUAUGGAUGUUGCUAUUAAGCACCUGCAAUUUGUAAAACUAUGCUGUUUUGCCCACACACUUAAUCUAGCAGCACAAAGUCUGUACUCCCUAAAUUCAGUGAGUCAAUGGGUGGCCAAGGUCCGAACCGUUGUCGUGUGGAUGAAGAGGUGCUUGAUGGCGAAGGUGGUUCUCCAAGAGAAGCAAGAACUUCUACGCUUGCUCGUCUGACUGAGGAGGAUUUUCGGAGAGCUGAAGACUUCAUCAGUCUCAUGAAAGUUCUCUACACGUCAACACUCUGCGUGUCUUCAGAAAAGAGCCCCACAUGUGGACAGAUACUACCCAUUCUCCACAAGCUCCAGGCACAUCUCACUGUCAAAGAAGGAGACACAGUGUUUGUAUCCAACCUUAAAAAACAGGUUUGGGCAAACCUAUCUAAGCGCUACCAGAAUGAUGAGAUCAGGCACUUUCUUCAAGUGGCCACUGCGUUGGAUCCGCGCUUUAAACAUAAGUUGAAUGACGACGACACCGCCUGGGACCAGAUCCAGAGGAGGCUGAUUGAACAGUCAACAGAGGAAGGCGUUGGAGCUGAUGGGGACACAAUGCAAUCAGAGAAAAGGCCUGAGAAAGAGGCAGAGGAGGAGAAUGAGGAAGAGAAGGAGAGUCAACCACCUCCCUGCAAGUUGUCCAGGAAGACUCCACUGGAGGAACUGUUUGCUGAGGAAGAGGCACAGAACAUAGUUUCACAGCAGAGCACCAUGUCCAUCAAGAAACAUGUGGAGAAAGAGCUGCAGAUAUACAAGGAAAUUCCACCAACCAUUAUGUCUGAGGACCCUGCUGCAUGGUGGUGGAACCAACGAAAGACUUAUCCUUUGCUGUCAGAUCUCGCUUUCUCAUAUUUAUGUGUUCAAGCUUCUUCUACACCCAGUGAACGUGUGUUCUUUACUGCAGGAGACACUAUCUGUCCAGAACGCUCACGCAUACUGCCUGAGAAGGCAGACAUGAUCAUUUUCCUCAACAAGAACUGUUUCUGAUUUUAUGCUUUACCAGCUGCUAGUGUGGACUGGGUUGUGCAAGUUGUUUCUAACUGUUGAUAUUCUGCACCAGGUUAGCCCAUCAGUGGGAGCACAGUGAUCUGUUUAAGUACCUGUAGCAUCAGAAACUCAGGAUAAGUGUAAAUAAAGCCCUGCUCUACUAAAUAAAGCUUUCUUGUGAAAAGUG